AUGGCUGAUCAGGUGUCACCCGGUGCGGGUGUGGGGGCUUGCCUCGCCUCAGGUCUACUGAGGACUCUGAACUUCACGUAUGAUCUCGCUACCCUGCCCUUCUACACCCUUUUCCAGAUGCCGUGGCGGCAGGCACAAGCACGGCGGAAAUCAUUCUCCGUCCAGUUGGAUCCCAGCGAUCCCUAUUCCCCCUGGAAGGCGAAGAACACGUGGGAGCCGGAGUUCUUCGAAGGAAUCACCACGGUGGAUCAGUUGACUCGCCGAGCCGUCAAGCGUUUCAGCGACAAGAGGUGUCUCGGUACUCGUCAGGUGUUCCGUGAAGAGAUCGAGACACAGAAGAACGGUAAAACGUUCAAGAAACUCGAUCUCGGGGACUAUCAAUGGAUGACUUUCAAAGAGAUGGACGACGCUCUGGAGCGCCUCGGUAGAGGCUUCAUGUCGAUGGGAGUCAGACCGAAGCAGAACGUUGUCAUUUUUGCCGACACUCGGAUCGAAUGGAUGCUCGCGGCUCAAGCCCUGCUCCGACUGAACGUCACCGUGGCCACUCUGUACGCCACAUUGGGCGAGGAAGCGAUCAUUUACGGGCUCAACGAGACGGAGGCGACGCAUCUCGUGACCUCUCAGGAUCUUCUACCGAAAGUUGUCAAGUCGCUUCCUCAAAUCAAUUCAAUCACCCACAUCGUCUACAUGGAGAACCCCGGCUCUGAAGAGUCACCUGAUCCGGUCCAGGGCAUCAAUCUCUACAGCUGGACGCAGCUCCUGGAGAUGGGCGACAACGCCGAUGAGGAACUCCGGGGUGAGACACCCACCGGCGACGAUGUCGCGAUUCUCAUGUACACGAGCGGUUCGACGGGAAUGCCGAAGGGCGUGAUGAUAACGCAUAAGAACAUCGUGACCACGGCGAAGGGUUUCGCUUCCCUCGUCGUGAUGGAAAAUAGCCCGAAGAGAACGGAACGUUUCAUCGCAUAUCUCCCUCUCGCACACGUCCUCGAACUAGCGUCGGAAUCCGUCGCGUUCGCGAUCGGGGCCGAAAUCGGUUAUUCAACUCCUCUGACCCUCACGGACAGGAGCACCGCGAUCAAGCGGGGCCAGAAAGGCGACUCGGCCCUCUUCCGGCCCACGUUCAUCGCAGCGGUUCCUCUCGUUCUGGACAGGAUAAAGAGAGGCAUGACAGAAGCCGCUCAUGCUCGCGGUCGCUUCGCGGGAGCCCUCUUCGACUGGGCGAUCGCGUACAAAAUCGGGUGGCGUCGAUGGGGAUACGACACUCCGAUUCUGAAUCGGCUGAUCUUCAGUAAACUUCGGCAAGCCGUGGGCGGCGAAGUGAGACUCAUCGCUUGUGGUUCUGCUCCUCUUUCUGCCGACACGCACUAUUUCAUCGAGGCUGUUUUGGGCUGUCGCGUCGUUCAAGGCUACGGACUGACGGAGACCGCGGCCGGAGCGACGAUCAUGGAACAAUGCGACGUGACCAAAGGCAUGGUCGGAUGUCCUCUUCGUUCGGGCUUGAUCAAGCUUGCUGACUGGGAAGAAGGAGGCUACCACGCCACCGACAAACCGAAUCCUCGUGGCGAAAUCGUCGUCGGAGGGGACAUGAUCGCCAAGGGUUACUACAAGAACAACGAGUUGACACGAGAAAGUUUCCGCGAAGAGAACGGCGUUCGCUACUUCUACACGGGCGAUAUCGGCGAGAUCAGGCCAAACGGAACCAUUAAAAUCAUCGAUCGCAAGAAAGACCUCGUCAAACUUCAAUUCGGGGAAUAUGUGUCCCUGGGAAAGAUCGAGACCGAGCUGAAGACUCUUCCCUUCGUCGACAACGUUUGCGUGAUCGGUAACUCGUUCCAUACCUACCUCGUAGCUCUGAUUUCCCCGAACGAGAAGAACCUCACCGAGUUGGCUCAGCGGCAAGGAAAAACCAAUCUGACCCUGGAAGAGAUGUGCAAGGAUCCCGAAAUCAGCCAAUACAUCACCGAUAGAGUCAUCGAGCAUGGAAAGAAAGUUAAGCUGAGUAAAAUGGAAGUACCCAGCAAAGUGAAGCUUUGUCACGAAGAAUGGGUUCCCGAUUCCGGCCUCGUCACUGCAGCCAUGAAAAUCCGUCGAAAACAGAUUGAGCUAUUCUAUGACGAAGAGAUCGCUGCGAUGUAUGGUCUCGCUAGAACAUCCUCGAAAAGCGCCUGAAGCAAACUCAUUGUACAUAGUCUGUGAAUUUGUCUUGUGAAUACGUUUUGAGUAUACAUAGGCUUAGGUCUGGAAUGAGCUUGUGAUGAUGAUAGCUCCGUAAUGAUUGAAACUUGGUAAACUUUAUCGUCGAAGAGAGAAUUUGAUAAAUGAAUAAAAUUUUAGAAAA